AUGGGUGUCCCCCUGCUUUGGACGCUUCUGCGUAAUAGUCCCUCCAAUUUCACAACUUACAGACUCCACAGCACGAAAGUUGUAAUUGAUGGUGCUAACAUUUCCAGUACCCUGUACAACGAAGCAAGCCUUUAUAACCAGUUCAACGGCGAGUAUCUAGAGUACGAAGUUCUGGUUGAGAAGUACCUGCUAAACUUGAGAAAAUGUGAGGUUGAUCCGAUUUUCGUGUUCGACGGUCUGCACGAGGUGAGCGUUUUUCAAGAAAAAAAAAAACUCAAUUUUAAACGGUUUACUGUACAGUCUGAAUGCUUAUUAUCUUGUGUUUAA